UCUAUGUACACAAGUAUUGACGCUUUGAGCAAUAYCCACAACAGUUGUCAAACAAAGACUUCAGUUUCUUUUCUCAUUGCGAGGUGAGGUAUUAGUCGUGGUGUUUAUGCAAUGUUGGUACAUGAAAACUCGUCCGAUUUCUCCCUAGUUUCGUUGAGAUAUUUGGAAAUGCAUCUACUCUAACAACAUCACUGGCACUAUGAAACGACUUUCAAAGAAACUAAGACUUGGAAAAUCAAAAACCAAGUUGUACUCUUUAGAACCAGAGAAAUUGAAAUCCGACGAAAAACGUUUGCGACCUUUGAGUGUUGUUUUGAAGGAAGUAAGGAAGAAAAACGACUCGGGGAGUUGGAUAAAGGAAGAUGAUAGAGAGGAAAUCGAUAUCUCUUUAUCUAGAACAGACUUGAAGCAAACGAUUGAAUUGAAUAGCAAUAAUAAUAGCGUUGUCAGCUAUUCACAUUUUGAAGAAGAUACAAGCAGCACACAGGGGGAGGAGGACGAUCAAUGGACAAAGGACCCUACCCCCCACGGGAUAAAGGACGUCAUAUUUGAAGCUGARCAGCUUAGUUUAAAAGCCCAAUUAGAAAAAUUGAGAUGUAAGAAUAAUGUCCAAAAUUCACGAAAUGGAACUAGAGAGAAAAUGAAUCGAUGGUCAUCAAUGCCAGCAAUCACACAUGGAGAGAGCACGAAGGACAUCCAUUCAUCAACCCAGCACUUAACACCCAACAAUUCAUCUUUAUGUAAAAUUUCCAAUAAAAUGUACACAAGUAAAUCGUUAAAAUCAAUACCAAGGGAUCUUUCACCCAACAAAAUGCGCAAAAGUAAAAGCGACAGGGGGUUACAGCUUGUUGARGAAGGAUCAUUGGCGUUACUACGAGCCGCAAGGAAYAACAGCGUACUACAAGCAAGUUAUCUUAUCAGACAUGGAAUAUCAACCGAGAUUCUCGACCAAAGGGGAUGGACACCACUUUGUAUUGCUUUGGAGCAUGGUAACAUAAAGUGCGCGGAAGUACUGGUACGUUGGAAUGCCAAUAUUGACUUUAUACAUGAAAAUGGUACAUCUAUACUACACCACGUGACUACCCUUGGGCUAUACAGGGAGAUUAGGUUCCUAUUGGGCCAUGGGGUUGACGUCAAUGUUGAGGAUGUUGAAGGCUGGCCCGCGGUGCAUUAUGGGCUACAAGGGCGUUACCUUAAAUGUGCAGCCAUGUUGUUAGCGAGUGGCUGUGAUUUGGAAYGGUACACCAAGGCACGAGUGGACGAGUUUAAAUCUGUUGUUAAGAUGGCUACUACGGGUAGAUGGAAAUACAUAUGGCAGUCUAAGCUAGGCAUUGAUCUAGAUGAUCAAGUGGACUUAUAAAAUUCAUUUGACAGAAUC